AUGGCCGGUGGUCUCACCAAAUACCGCCAUCUCGGCCGCAAGUCCUCGGCGCGAAACGCUCUGUUGCGAGGCCUCGUGACAUCCCUCGUCCAGCACGAACACAUCCAAACCACAUACGCCAAGGCCAAGGAGGCUCAACGGAUGGCCGAGAAGCUCAUCACCCUGGCCAAGCGCGACAACGAGCCCUGCCGGCGAUCAGCGCAAGGAAUCCUCUAUCUGCCUCACAUUCAUCUGCCGAAACUGUUCGGGCCUCUAAAAGAGCGAUACAUGCAACGCGAGGGCGGCUACACCCGCGUUGUCCGCACGGAGCCCAUGAACACCUACGACCAGGCGGAGAGCGCCGUCCUCGAAUUCGUCGACGGGCCCCGCGACUCGCGCUUUAUGCUGACGGCCAAGACGGUGGCACGCGACCGCAUGCUCGGCCAGGCGCACAGGGACUUGACGGUCGAGAAUAUCGACAAGGUGACAAAGCAUCGCGGCAAGGCUGAGUUUGAGGCCAUGGUCAAGAGAUACAUGGUCAAGGAUAUCCAACGUAACCGCGAUAACACCCGCGAAACGGCGCCAAAACCGAAUGUCGCUGCAAGUGAUGUCGAGUAG